AUGCGCUUGGCCAUGUACGCCGGGGCCUCGGCGGCCCUCGCCGCCACGGUUGUCACGUCCGCCUUUUACCAGCGCGCCAACUUCUACUCUGCGAUGGUCUAUCUAUCGCAAAGUAACCUUUGCUUGAUGAUCCUCGUCAACCUCGUCUUCCUCGUCUACGGCUCCUUCAUGUACGGCCUCCAGCGCCUGUGCUUCGGAGCGCUCCGCCCCGUCGAAGUCGAACAGCUCUACGAGAAGGCCUGGUUCGCAAUCACCGAGACGUGCCUCGCUAUGACCGUGUUCCGCGAGGAGGUCGGCGCCUUCUUCAUCGUCAUGUUCACCGCCCUUAUCACGGGCAAGGUCUGGGGCUGGAUCGGCGAGGGCCGCGUCGAGGUCUUCGAGCAGCAACCGCCUGCGAACCCCCGCCUCUUCCACGCCCGGCUCGUCGUGUCGCUGCUCUCGAGCAUCAUAUACAACGCAUGGCUGCUUAGCUACUCGAUCAAUACGGUUAUCGUGCAGGCGAAGCCGACGAUGAUGGUUAUGUUCUUGUUCGAAUUCGCCGUUCUGGCGGUCGGGUCGCUGCACACCGGGCUGCGUUAUGUUAUCUCCCUGGUUGAGGCAAGUGUUAUUAAGAGGCAGACCGCUCAGAGGUUGGAGCAACGAAGGCGAGAGGUCAGAGAGCAGAGAGCAGAGAUUUUGCGGAGAAGAGAAGCUGGGGAGGCGGCCGAAGAUAACGAGGUACUGCCGGACGAGGACGACAUCGACGAGAUGGAUAUUGAGGUUCCGGGCUGGGAUACGAAGGGCCAGUGGAUUCUGUUCCUGGAUCUCUUCGCUGAUUUGCUCAAGCUCUCAGUCUACACAGCAUUCUUCUGCGUGUUGCUUGUCUUUUACGGUCUACCGAUUCACAUCAUGAGGGAUCUCUUUAUGACAACCAGAAGCUUCGUCAAGCGACUCACAGCCCUACUGAGAUACAAGCAGGCCCUGAGGGACAUGAAUCGAUAUCCAGAUGCGACGGCGGAAGACCUGGGACGCGAAGACACUUGCAUCAUUUGCCGAGAGGAGAUGCGUCCAUGGGACCCGAACGGCGGACAAGUGGAGAGGACCCGACCAAAGAAACUUCCAUGUGGCCAUAUUCUACACUUCGGAUGUCUCAAGAGCUGGUUGGAAAGACAACAAGUGUGCCCAACCUGUCGAAGCUCUGUGGUGGUUGAACAGCCACCGAGAAAUGGACAAUACCGCCCCCGAAUGGCGUUUCACAUACAACCAAAUCUACCGGGCGGACAGAAUCAGCCCGCACAAGCGAAUGGUCAAGCACCCGGCGCGCAGGAUGCGCAGCUAAAUGGGCAGGCCGGACAAGGCGGUCAACAACCUCUAAACCCAAGAGCAGCCAUGCGAUAUAUCAACCUCGGUCCAAUAAGAUUGGGCUUCGCCCAGGGUGGGCAAGAGGUGGCAGAGCUGGCGAACCGAAUGGGUGUCGAUCUAAAUGGGCCCAAUGCUCAAGCGGCAGCACAAGCGAAUAUUCCCCCGACAAAUCCUGCGGAUCUCUCGACAAUGGAGGCUGUCCGGAAUAGGUUGCUGGAAGUCGACCAGAGAAUCCAGCAGGAAGUUCGUGACAUACAGCAAGGCAUACAGAAUGUCCACAUGGCCCAGCACGAGCUCCAGCUGAUUAACUUGAUGCUGGCUGAACUCGCACGUAUACGGCAGCUCAACCUGGGCCAGCAACAACCCCCGGCCCAGCCUGGCCAGCCCACACCUACUCCUAAUGCCGCCACUGCGCCAGCUGGUGGUGUACCUCCUCCCCAACCUCCAGGUGGGGUGCAGAUACCGACGCCGCAUGUAUACCCUGCUGGCCAAAUUCCCCUCCCGACGAUGCCUCAAGCCUCGAACCCCUUUAUCCCCAGGAUGAACUCACCCACUGUUACCCGCCACGGAGCUGUUCCACAAACAACAGCCAUUCCCUCUGGCAGCGCGGACCUUCCUGAGGGUGUUGUGAUACCACCAGGGUGGUCCCUAAUGCCUCUUCAACGCCUUGACGGCGGCGCGAUUCCAGCAAAUGGAAUCCAAGCGCAUGGUGGUCUCACACCCAACACCCAGCCAGAAGGGGCUGCGCAAGCUGGUAGUGGCCAGGCAAAUGGGGCCAUACCAGCCCAGUCGUCUAGCAGCACUACCGGAACGGCCGCUGGCGCUAAUGGAGGUACAAACUCUGAGGAGGUCCACAGCACAGAUUCUCAACACGCGUCUCGCGAAUCAAGAUCCGAGGCGCCCCAAGUCGCCGCGCCAACGCCGGUGACGCCAGUCUGGGGCGGGUCAGCGCAGCUCUUUGGUGGCGGUGGCAGUGGUAGAUUGCCAUUUGGGCUAGAAGCGCCUGGCUCGAGCCGGUCCACCUCCCAGACCCGUGAUGGAGAGAACAGCAGCAACCGGGAGAUUGGCGACCAGGGAGCGAGUGGUUCCAGCGAGCCGGGCAGGUCAGCUGCUCCGCCAGCGGCCGAGGAGCAGGAGGAUGCCUCGUCAACCGCCAAGGGCAAGGCGCCUGCUGCUAGCGUCGAGGAUGCCGAGGACUGA